GCCAUAACCUGAUUGGCCCGUCGGACGGAGGCCGCGAGCGCACAGACACAUCACGUGUCCUUACCUACCGGAGGAGAAGGAGCUUGUGGUGCUGCUGUCUGGGCGGGGGACGCACUUCCGGUGUAGUGAGUGACUGAGAGCUCAGGGGUUCCAGCUGAGGGCGGCAGGAACAUGGACAGCCAAGGCAGGAAGGUGGUGGUGUGCGACAACGGGACUGGGUUUGUGAAAUGCGGAUAUGCUGGCUCCAACUUCCCAGAGCAUAUCUUCCCAGCUCUGGUCGGGCGACCUGUCAUCCGGUCUACAGCAAAAGUGGGAAACAUUGAGAUCAAGGAUCUUAUGGUUGGAGAUGAAGCGAGUGAAUUACGCUCAAUGCUUGAAGUGAACUAUCCCAUGGAAAAUGGCAUUGUGCGGAACUGGGAUGACAUGAAACACCUCUGGGACUACACCUUUGGGCCCGAGAAACUGAACAUAGACACUAGAGAUUGUAAAAUCUUACUUACAGAGCCUCCGAUGAACCCAACAAAAAACCGCGAGAAGAUUGUAGAGGUUAUGUUUGAGACAUACCAGUUCUCGGGUGUUUAUGUUGCUAUACAGGCUGUCCUCACAUUAUAUGCACAAGGCUUGCUGACUGGUGUGGUCGUGGACUCCGGAGAUGGCGUCACUCACAUUUGCCCAGUGUAUGAAGGCUUCUCUCUGCCUCACCUCACCAGGAGACUGGACAUCGCCGGCAGGGAUAUCACCCGCUAUCUUAUCAAGUUGCUUUUGUUGAGAGGAUAUGCCUUCAAUCACUCAGCUGAUUUUGAGACUGUACGAAUGAUCAAGGAAAAGCUGUGCUACGUUGGUUACAACAUUGAACAGGAGCAGAAACUAGCUCUGGAGACUACAGUCCUUGUAGAGUCUUACACGCUUCCAGAUGGCAGGGUUAUUAAAGUAGGUGGAGAACGCUUUGAAGCACCAGAAGCUCUGUUUCAGCCUCAUCUUAUCAAUGUAGAAGGCGUUGGCGUUGCUGAGUUGCUGUUCAACACCAUUCAGGCAGCUGACAUUGAUACUCGACCUGAGUUCUACAAACACAUUGUGCUAUCAGGCGGCUCCACUAUGUACCCAGGCCUGCCAUCCCGUCUGGAACGAGAGCUCAAACAACUGUACUUGGAGCGCGUGCUAAAAGGAGAUGUUGAAAAAUUAUCGAAAUUUAAGAUCCGUAUUGAAGACCCACCCCGUCGUAAGCACAUGGUAUUCCUCGGAGGAGCAGUCUUGGCAGACAUCAUGAAAGACAAAGACAACUUCUGGAUGACUCGUCAAGAAUACCAAGAGAAGGGAGUGCGUGUGCUGGAAAAACUUGGUGUGACUGUCCGAUAAAGUGAACUGCCAACUCCCAACGCUUCUCUAAAGCUUUCCUAAUUUCCUUUAUUGCCAAUCUUUGAACUCAUUCAGCUACAUGACUCGGAAAGGCCUGUCUGUGCCCUUUUGACCUACAAGGUCAGAUUUUUGUCCCGUUUCCUGGGGGUGAGCUUUGUUUUAAAUGUUUCUUAAUGUGGCUAAAUUUGACUAUUUAAAUUGCCCAUAACUUUAAAAACACAAAGCUCUAGUAACAGAGCCUAUCUGCUCCAUUGUCUGUUCCCAGUAGGCAUUUGGCUAAUUGCAGGCUUUUUUCCCCUUAGUGUGCUGCUUUAAGGCUGCUAGCUUUAUUCUUUGGUUAGUCAGUGGUUUCCCUUUAUAACCAUUAAAAAAAUGUAAAAAAACCAAUAUAGCAGUUUUUAGCACCACAUAUUUCACCACGAUUUCACUCUGCUAACUUUGCUGCGCUUCCAUGCUAUCCUUGCAACUCUACACAAAUUAUACCAUAAACUUGGGAAAAAAAGCCAAUGUGUUUUCAAUUUGGAAGAAACCCCUCCAGUAAGAACCAGAACUGCAGCACUGAACGACUUCUUACAUUCUUUAUAAAGUACUUUUUAUUAUUGUUUUCGGCUUUUAAUCUUGGGACGAUAUGGUACAUUUCCUUUAUAAUAUAGUGUAAAUUGGGCAGAUAUUUCUCCUUUCCUUUUUUUGUCUUCUAUUAACAAAGCACUUGUGCACGUGAUCAGGUCAUUUGUGAACUAGCUUCUUAUGGCUCAUUCCCGAAAAAAAAAAAGUAAACAGGUGGUAAACAUGUACACAAUUUAUUUCUAAAUAUAAGAGAAAUCAUAUCUAUAAAGCCUCGUUAAGUGUAUUUUUUUUCCUUUUAGCGCUAGUCUUUCCGUGGGAAGCACUUUAGUUUGCAAAACUUUUCCCCCCUGUAUUUCUGUGCCAAGCACGCUCUCUACUUUUCACGAAGACCUUUCUCAUCGCCCAACGAAGAGCAUUAGAUCAAUGAAUGUGGAAGGGGUCGGCUGACUAUCUUAUAAUCAAAUUGUUAAAAGAUACCAAGAGUUUGUUCCAGAACUAGGGUUGUAAGCUAUUUUUUUUUUAUUUUUCUUUACCUCGUAUGGUGGUAGUUUACAGAAGUGUGUAAAACAGUCUUGUGUUGCACUUUCAGUAGUGAUACAGUGAGUAACUUUCAUUUUCUUUUCCAAAUCUGCUUGUGGAUUGAGUUUUUUUAAUUUAAAUGCAAAUGAACUCUGCUCAGCCAUCUUGGAUUUAAAGGAAAUCGUGGCGUUUGUAGAACCUUAGUAUUUACCAGAAAUACUGUACAAAUAGCGUGCAAAUUAUACACGUUUACAGGUUUUAUGAAACUAAACGGUUAGGCCGUUCAGCGCCUCAUAGGUUCAUCUUUCUGGGUUUUGUGUACAGGAUUUAACAUAAAUAGUUGUUCUCCAAAAAGGGGUGAAAUUCAUUUUGAUGAAAGAAAAUCACCAACCCUUUUUAUUUAUAUUUUGGGCACUUUUUUUCAAAAGCUGAUAAAACCCAGUGUCCACUUUGCCCACCGUCGGUUUUAAGAGAAAUCCUUCUCGCAAGUGAUUUUAAUCAUAAAAGUUUUGUAUGCAUAGCAGUCCUUUUCUCUAAUCCUCCAAACGGCUUUCUGCGAAGCGCUGCAUAACCUGUACUGUAACACUUGGAUUGCUGAAUGAGGUAAACGGGUCCGAUACAAACAUGGAUAGCGAUCAUGUUUCUUUUUCUUCCCCUAUGAUAAAAGUAACAGGGCAUACAAUAUCCUUGGUGACGUUUUUUGCUUUUUUUAAAUUUUUUAAAUUCUUUAUUUCUAUGUCUUUGAAAUUGAGGUAAUUUUUGAACUAAUUUGAAAUAAAUUGGUCAUUCUCUCUG